CAGAUGUAAUGAUGCAGCUCAGCACACAGUGUCUCAGGAUGAGAAUGUAAAUUACACGCUGGGAGGAAUGUCCACAGUUAUUCCUAUAGGAAGGACCUAUAGCCAUGUAUGAGACUGUCACCUGCAGGGCAACAUCAUUGGAUGCCGUGCUCCUCCUGCAGACCUGGAUUAUUCAUUAUCAGUUGAUCCAGCUAACUAAAGGCAACCUGAAAAGUCUUGCUUCAAUUCUAAGUGCUGUAGCACAGGCAUGGCAAUGAAUAGUUCCUGACCAGGAAUUGGACAGAAGAACACCUGUAAAAGAGCUGCUGAGACACACCUGAUGAGCAGGGAACAAAACCCAUGGAGGUCUAUGGAGGAAAACAUCACAAGCUGGGUGAAAAAUCGCUAUAGCAGCAGCAUGCUACCUUCUCAAAAACACCAGUCAAACGAGAAAACAAAUUCCACAAAAUAAAGAGCAUUGUAGGUUAAUCCUAGAAGCAUAAAAAGAGACAAUAUCUACAAUGAAGUUGAAGGAACAGCAAUGAAAAAAGCAUCAAGGGGUUGUUUGUGUGAUCCUCCACCAUGUACCUGAAAGAAUGACCGUGUACAGUCAUUAUGUGAAAAAUAUGAGAAAGCAAAAGGUGAUCGGUGCCACCUAUUCCCUCUGAGUGGUACCAUGACCAGGGAAACAAAGCCUGCGUAUCCCAUCAAUGCUAAAUCACCAUGCUCCAAGGAUGACCCUACUUUUGAACAAUUUGGCAAAAAGAAUUCGGCAGAUAGUAAAGCUAGUGGGGCAUCAGAAAAAGCUAAUAGUGCCUUCAUUUCUGACAAAGCAACUCUUUUAAAUGGUCGAGAAAGAGAAGGUCACAGUCAAAGGGAAGCCGUGAUAAGGCCUCAACAAGCAGGGAAAAUAGACUUUAAAUCUCUCCAUAACAGGCCAAAGUUUUCUAGCGAUGCUUCAUGGACUAAUGGUAAAAGUAGUCCUCUGUCUCCAGGGAAGAGCAGAGGUAAAGAUAAAAAUAAGAAGUCUGGAAAGGGAGAUCGCAAUCAACACCAGCUCUACAGACUCAGUAUUAGUAGUUCAAGGUCCAAUCCCACCAUUGGGAUUGCAUAUCCUCAGCAAAAGGUGACACCACCUAAAAAAGUAGAAUUAAGUCAAGGGCCCAUUUCUGGAAGUUAUCGUUUUAAUGUUUCAAGUCUGCCUGACAGAGAAGGAGAGGUCCAUCAAGAAGACCGUAACUUUAACAGGUCACACCCAGAGCCCAGUCCUAGCCUUACCUCUACAAGCUAUACCUCACAAACAGCUCCGGCAUCCAGGAUCAACCAAGGCUUAAAGAUCCUGCCGGGUAAUCUUCAUGACACAGCUAACUCUAGUGGGCAGUUGCAUUACUUGGAAUUCCAACCAAAUGGAAAUACAUGGCAUCCAUCUGAUAAACAUUUUACUGGUACCGGUGAAUAUGUCAUCUCUAAUCAAAAACUCUGUCCUUUUACAGAGGGCAACAAGUCAGACUAUGUGCCUGGGUCAUUUCCAUAUCCAUUCCCAUCACUGCAGGAGCAAGUUGGGAACACAUUUUGCAAUAAUGGGAGUAAUCAGGACUUUGUGGAUGCAGCAAUGGCUGCAAACCAAUUAGUACACAGUACUUACUCCUUCCAGUCAUCAUCAAGAGAAGGUCAAGAAGAUUCACAGGACAGUGGAUCCUAUAAUACUGUUUUGCCAGACAACAGGACAUAUGGAAUACCUUCUCAGCAGCCUCCAUUCCUACAUACCCAACAAGGGGUUCAGCAUUCACCCACACCCCUUUGUUACACGGGACAUAAUGAUCAUGUCUCUGAUCACAAUGGUGCUAUUUCAUCUACUGGUGCUUUCUCUUCCUCUGGUGCUAUAGAACAAACUCAAAGCACUUUUCAAGAAAACCAAUCCGUUUUUAAUUCUAGUGAGUUUAGUUUACAUAAUAACAGUAUGCCAACAUUAAUCAAUAAAAGGCAACAGCCAUCUAAAGACUUUGUACAUAAUCAAAGACUCCUGACACCAGGGAGUACACUACGAAGGAAUAUACCACAGACUUCUCUAAGCAAAGUGCACUUCCCCGGCAAGGUCUUCAGCAGUGUAAACACAGGAUCUGUGCCUUUUGAUAAAAAUCUUUCAAGAAUACCUCAGAUUUGGGAUGCCGGAAACAAUUUCACACCUUUGGACCAAAACUCUGUUUCAUAUCCUAAUACUUCUGGAAAUGUAAUUCCAUAUCAAUACCAGCCAAAUGAGCAGAGACAAGUACUGAAAAACCAAAGGAUGUCUUGGCAGCAGAGUCUAAAUACACCUUCUGCAACAAACCAAAAUCGCAUAGAGCUAUCAAGGCACAUUGGCAAUCACAAACCAUUUCCACUCAGUAAUGCUGACUGGCAAAACUUGACAAAAAUUCCACCAAGUUACCAUACAAAGAAUACAGUUGUAGAGGGGAGUCCCACACAAAGGGCCAAUAUGAGCAGGCAAAAUUACAGUUCAAAUAAUGAAAUUCUGUAUGAUAAUGCAAAGGACACAAAUGAUACAAGAAUUAAAAGUAUUUCCUAUGGCAUAAGCCAACCAAUUCAACAAUCACAAAAUAACUCCAAUCAGCCACUACCAUUGUCAGGAAAGUCUUUUGUACCUGAAUCUCCCUAUGAAUCACCUCUUCCAUCCCCUGUUACCAACCCUGUCUCUGGUAGCACCUGCUCCUCACUUUCGCCCAUGUCAAGCAGUCCAGUUAAUCCGGAUGAGAACCAGGUGCCCCAUAUCCUAACAUCCUCUCCUUACUUUCACCAGCCGUGUUAUCCAGCUGAAAAGCCAUUUAAUAUGUCUGAUUCAUUUCUAUAUUCCAAUACAGAACCAACCAAGACAUACAAUUACAUACCAGAGCCUUCUAAAGAGGAACAUGCAUUCAAAAAUCUACAAGAAAAUCAAUACCAAAAAAUUGCCAGUGAGCCAAGUAAAGGUUGUCUUGAGAAUUUUCAAAGUGAACCACCACCUCCCUAUUCCUCUCACCACUUUCUUGCCAGCUCACUUAGCAGUGCAAAUUUGGACCAGCUGGACGUUCUUCUAACCUGCAAACAGUGUGACCAAAAUUUUGGCAAUUUGUCAUCUUUCUUAGAUCACCGUCAGUACUGUAGUUUGAAUUCAACUAUCCAAACCGAAAUGAAGGAUUCUUUAAAUGGAGGAGAUAUAAGAAAGUCUUCUGUUGAUCAAUUAAAGUGUUCUCAAAUACUACCAGGAAUAUCCCUACACAAACCACAAAUAUUGUUUAAUUCACAUGUAACUGGUUUCAGCAAAGACUAUCUUCUUGAUAGUAAUACCAAAGCAGAUGCCAAAGAAGAUUCAUUAAAAAGUAACACUUUACUAAAUGCCACACCACAUUUAUUGCCUCUGACUGCCUGUGACACCUUAGAAAUGGAUGAUGCAAAACUGGACAGUUUAAUCAUAGAAGCACUGAAUGGCUUAGAGUUUCAAGUAGACAAUCCUGAUAUAGACAGCACCUUUAUUGAUGUUUUUGUGGAUGAUGAUCUCACCUCUGCUAAGGCUUGUAACAAUUCCCAAAAGGUGAAAGACAAUAAAGUAACCAAAAAAUGUCUAAAUGUAGAACAAAAACUAUCUCAUCAUAACUCAGUCUCAUGCACAUUACAAGAAAAAUGUGAUACAGAUGAAUCCCAACUCCAAAAGAAUGUAAUUAAAAUGGGAAAUGAUAAAAAAUGUACAGAGAAAGGAAGCGUUCAGAAAUACUCUGUAGACACUAAUUUAACAAAAAGCAAAAAUAUCACAAAAACUAAUUUGGAAGACUGUGAAUGGCAGAAAUCAGAGAGUAAUAAUAUAGGUACAUCUUUACAGGAAAAAAAGGAAACAACUUUAAAUAAAACUGAUUUUGAAUGUAUAGAUGGUAGACAUAUCAAACCUUACGAAUCCCAGCAAGAGAGAAUAGUGAAAAAUGAUCCCCAAGAUCUUGCUCUGACAGAAACAUCAAAGUCACGUAAGGCAAGUUUUAAAGACACAAAGAAAAAGAAAGCUCACAAUGGGACUUGGAGUAAAGAGCUUAUACACAAAAUUGUACAGCAAAAAAACAAACUUCACAAGCUACAUGUAAAGAGUAAUAAAAAUGUGCAAUUUUCGUUGGUAACUGAGAGAAUUUUUCCUCCAGCAAAAACACAUCCAUUUGGUGAAUAUGACUAUAUCUCAGAUUCAGAUGAUGACCUUGCUACUUCUUUGCCAGAAAAUAGCAGGAUGAAAUACAAUUUUAAUCAAGGGAGAGGAACUAGAACAAAAGUAAAGGAGCCAAUAUGGCGAAUGGGAGAGGCCACAAGAUUCCAGCUUCAAAGCAAAGAUUUAAGGAAUACAAAUAAAGAGACAACAAACAGAAUUCGGAGAAGAAACAGUCAGUCAUCAAAUAGCAGUGACCAGAGCACCAGUAUUUCAAGUGAGACAGGGUCAAGUCCUAAAAGCACUGAACGCACAGAUUCUGAAAAUGAACAGGAGUGUGUGCCAAGGUGCAAAAGUUUUAGCACUCAAUCUCAGAAAAAUGCAGAGAGAAACUUGAUAAAACCUCUACUCAGAGAAAAUUCACCAGAAUCGAUAGUACAUACAGACUUUACUAAGGGAACAAAGAGGUUUGGAUCUGCUAAAUUCCUACUUGCAAGUUCAAAAGUAUACCAAAAGAGUAAUGAAACACAUUAUAAUGAAAAUGUAAAGCUACAACAAACCACUGAUUCUUCAAAGAAAAACAUGAGUAAAACACAUGGAAUUCAGGGCCUCAAGAAUGGAGAAGAUGAUAAACAAAGCACUUACCAAGAAGCAAUGGCAGCUAGCACAUUAUCACAAAAUGACUAUGACUCUAAGUUAAUGGUAAACAUCGAUGCUCCACCCCAACAGCAUUCUUACAAUUUGACAAAUACUAACUACCAGGAGAAACAACUAAAUUCUAUCCCAGGUGAAAUCAAUCCAGCCUUCUGUGAUGAUAGUGUCAAGUACUUAAACGAAGAAAUAUGCAAUGACAGCCAAGACUUUUCAAUAUCAGUGCCAUGCUAUAAUGAAGAUUCAUCAAUAUCUAUAUUGCCACAACAAAAGGACAAAUCCUAUGGAGGUGAAUGUCAACAAUAUCCAUCCAAUAAAGAUGUGCAUCCUCUAUAUAGAAAUAACAGUGUAUCCACUGAUAUUAAGCAGAUAUAUACAAAUCAAAAUAUGCACUCUUUUGAGAAUAAAUGCUCAGAACUUGGUUCUUAUCCAUCUGACAACAAUGAAAAUAAAGUUUCAGCAGACCUUUCCUUUGAUUCUUCUUCUUUAUUUGCAGAGUUACCUAUAGCUGACUUUGAGACCCCAUUGUACAACAAUACAACAAGUGCAAAAGAUAACUAUGUUGAACUUAACCAAUCUGGCAAAUCAAGCAACUUUGAACAACAAUUUCCAGAGUUUUUGCAAGAAAAAAGUUGGGAUCUUAUUGACGGAAUUUCAUUAUCGACUGAUAAUGUUCCUCCAUUUCAUGUACAAGAAAAUCAAACUACCGAGAAGUAUGUUGAAAACAUGCCAGUGUCCUCAGAACAAAUACCAUCCCUCUCAGAUUACAACGUAGCAUUUAUUAACAACAUUUCAGAAGAUGAGCUAGAAAUCAAAAGACUGGUAACAGAGUUAGAAAGUCAACUUCAAACAAGUAAAGUUUAUAAUGACACAUCAACAAAAACAUUACCUAAAGAUCAGAUUCACCAAGAGCUCACAGAUUCUACUCUUACGUUAACAGAGAUGACCGCCAAUCCAAAACAUGCAACACCUCAACUACAGGAUUCUCAGCCACUUGUAAAAGUUGAUAGAAGCUGUGAAAAUCUCAGGAACUCUUGGACUUGUUCAGUUCAAUUAGAUUCUGUCACUUCUGACAUCCAAUGUCACAGACAGACCAGUAUACUAAAUGAUGCUUGUAUGACAGAAGGAUUGGGCUCAUUGGGAAAUAAUCACAGCCUCUCAGCUGACAUGUCUGAAAAAUGCUUGUCUAACCUGACAAGUCAUAAAAAAUGCCCAAAAUAUCCUGACCAUGACCAUCUGAAAGAGAUAUUAGUCCAAGAUGAAGACCAACUUUCUGAAAACAAUAAAAAUAAAGAUAUUCAUGAAAAAGAAAGCCAGCAAAAUGAUACCAAAAAUCUGUCUGUCAAAGAACAGCAUGCUGAAGAGCAGUAUGAUGACCCACCAAAGCUGGAACCUGUCCGCAGUAUGACAGAAACAGAUACUGUAUUUGUUUUGCGAGAUGUUAUGUUAAACACAGCUGACACACCAGUGCACAAGAAUGGUGAACCAGAAGAGAGUCUAUGUGACCAACAGCUGCUGUCUACAAGUUCAGAGACUGAGUACAACAAAAAGAACUUCAUUCUGCACAAGGAAGGAUUACAGGACAAUGACAAUCCAAAAGACUUUGUCCUUCUGGACAUGCCAAUCUUGGUAAAGGAGGAGAAUGCAAUUUCUGAAAAAUCCAUGGUUUCAAAAGAAUCUACAGAAAACCCUUUACAACAGCUACAACUAUUUGUGGCAAGAACAGCCAAAAAUAAUGAAGAAGACAUGCGCAUACCAUGUUUCCCAAUACUACUAGCAACUUCAUCAGUAUCUGAUUCCAAGACAGAAGCAGACAGUCCUGUUUUAUGUACUGCGGAGAAUACAUUAACUUCUAUAGACGAAUCAGAGAAAAACUCAAAAGAAGUAGAGCAAAAUGAGGUAUUACAACUAUCUGAGUGUUGCACACAGCAAGUAGACAUUGAACAUGCAGGCUCCAAAUGUUGUACAUUCUUUGAAUCUUUCUGUAAUAAAGCUCAGUGUAAGGACAAACAGGCAAACAGCACAGAAUGCAUAGAGCAGAGUAUUCUUGACAUUGGUACAGUUGGGUUAAGAAAUGAUCCUGAAAGUCUACAGUCAAAAAUAUUUUCCGAGGUGCAGGUAGAAAAGAAUGGAAAUGUCAGAUGUUUUGGAGAAAUUGAUGGUAAGAAAUUUACAUCUCCUAUGAAAAAGGGAAAGCCACCUAGCACAAGUUCAGAAUUUGACAUUGGAGCAUAUACAGGUAGUGGAAUUACAUCCACCUCAAUUGUUGUUCAGGAACACUCAUCUGAUGUAUUGGAAGCAGACAGCCUGGAAAAUGGGACCUUAGAAAUGAAACCAUCACAAACUACCAAAAUAAAUUAUAUUAAGACUCAAGACCAGAGUAGUGAUGUUUCUGUUUUUGGAACCCCAGAGAAUAAUCAGCAGCCUAUGGAUAUUUUACAGAAAACAGAACUUUUGAAUAAUCAGCAGUCUAUGGAUGUGCUACAAGAAACUUCUCUGUUGAGUGAAGAUAAAGGUGAUCCCCCAGCCACUGGUAACAAGUCAUCCACUCAUAUUCCUUUGCCGCCUAAUACUAAUGAAGUCCUAUGCAACAAUAUGAAUGAUUAUGAAACACAUCUUCUAAGCAUACCCACAGCACAUUCUGUGCUUAGUUUUGAUCUGCUCUCUACAUCUCUGAAAGAAUCAUUUGCACCGCAAAAACUUUUAUACACAUCCGCAGAUAAUGAAUUAGAUGAAGUAGAAAGCCAUUCGCUAUGCAAAAACAAUGAAACAUGUCAAAAUGAACAAGAACUGGCAAAACAUUUAGAAGAAGAGAUGGAUAUACAGAUUUAUCGUCACAAAGACAACAUUUUGACACUAGAUAAUAGCCAAAAACUGUCAGAAGAGAAAGUCUUAUUGGAACCAGUUGUUGAAGGAAGCAUAACUCCAUGUUUUUGCUCUGAGUUAGUUUGUGCACAUUACAAAGGUCCACAACAAGAACCUCUUGCUAAUAUUAUUCUUGGGUGUCAAUCAAUACCAACAAAUAAUACCUACCCAAUUUAUACUGGAGAAAAUACUAACUAUUUAACUCUGCAAAAUGAAAUUUUUCCUGAAACCAUACAGACACCUGUAAAUCCAUCAAUACAAGAGCAGACCAAUAAGUGUGACUGGAAUGAUGGCUCAAAUAUGGAACUUGUAUUUCCAAACAAGGAGGACAGGUCAUCAGCUAUAGCAUGUGACCUCAUAGGUAUUGCUGAUCAGGGGUUUGUAGACUUUGUAGAAAAAGCUACAGAAAAAACAGUUGGACAAAUAGCCACAGGUCUCCACAACACAGAUGUUGAGAAAAAGAUUUCUAUAGAUGAACCUGACAGUAGGUGUACUAGUGAUAUGCACUCUGUCAUAGAUGGUGUUCUUCGAAUUUUAGAAGGUGAUAAGAGCAAAGAAAUUCUCCAAAGCAUUGGAAUUUCACCAAAAAGUAGUCCCGUCAAAGAAAAAAAAUCUGCUGGAUUAUCGCUAACCUGUAAUAUAUGUUCAGUAUCUUUUCGUUCAAAACCGGGACUGACAAGACACAAAGCAAUUAAACAUAAUGGGUCACUGGCAUCACAAAAAGAUGGUGUGAUUAGUGCUAAACUACUAAAUGUUAAAAAUGUAGCAUAUGAGUGGAAUGCCAAUAAUGACAGUCAACACAAUCUUGACACAACAUCUCAGAACAUAAUUGCGGAUUUGCUAAACCCAGACAGUAAUCUUCAACCACAGAUCCUAAUUCCAAAUGAAGAACAGAGACCUUUGUCAGCCAAAAACAGUGAAGACACUGUUAUUUGUGAUUCAGUUAGCAAAAAUAAGUUGAAUGGAAAAGUCAAGAAAAGAAAACGUAAGUCCUCAAACAAAUCUACAGAUUCACAAAUCCCCCCUGAUGAUGUCUUGAACAUCCUAAAAACAAAUAUUUUGAAGGCCAUUGGACAAUCAAACAGUUUCACUUCAUCAGAGAUAAGCUUGGGACAGUCAUUAAAUAAAGACAUGGAACAUACAGAAAUCAGUUCAAAAAAUAAGAGCUUAGAAACAUACUCAAAUGCAGUAACUAUAGAUGACGAUGAAAAGCUUGUAAGUGAUGUAUUAGACAUGCAAAUGAAUGGUGAAAGCUUGCUCCAAGAACAAACAUGGGCAAAAAACCCGAACAGUCACAAUGAACAGUUUAUAAAUGACUGCAAGAUUCAACCUGUGGAGACCAUGUUGGUUAAUGAUCAAGGUUUAAUAGAUGAAAGGAAGGAUCAUUCGGUAGGAGCUGAUCAAGUACAAAAAGAAGUUGAAGUUUCAAACACGCUCAAAGAAACAGUACCUGACUUUCAUAUGUUUUUUGAUGAUGACAAUACAUUUUCCCAGUUAUUUCCUAAAGAUGAUCAUUUUAUUAGGAGAAAAUGUACUCGUGUUUAUGGGAAAAGAAACAAGAGACAUACCCCACCUUUCGAAUCAGAUUUCAAACACAUAGAUAUAGCUGAACAAUGCCAUACUCCACAAAUAAAUUACUCAAGUGACUACAGGAACAUUUCCCUUGAAUCAACUUUAAAGAGCAGUCAUUUUUCUAAUCCAAAUGAACACCUGGCCCAUUAUGAACCCCUUAGUCCUUCAAAGGAAACCAGUGAGGACGAUGAAAGCAAAAUACUCUCUUUUGUAUGCCAAAAUCAGAAAAACAUGAAUGUUCCACUGCUUACUGAUAGGAUUGAAAAUGAGAAAGACAGAGAUUUGUCCCCUCAUAUUACCCUUUACAAGCCAUCUGCUGAAACUUCAGAUUUGUCAGUAGAAAUGAGCCCAGACAUUAGAGACUUACAAACAGAAGAUAUUCUUGGCUGUAAUGCUAGUGAUGAAAUAGGUCUUCCCGAGGUCCCUACUAUUGACAUGAAAAUGCUCAGUAAAAAGUUUGAUAUGAGAGAGCUAUCAUUUUUUAGUGCUUGUGGAGAUGACUCUGACCAAUCUGAUAUAGAAAUAUCGGAUAUUAACCAAACGCCAGAAAAACGCAAAAAGAAUAACAAAAAUAAAGUAAGCGACAAGAAGCAGCCAAGAAAUCACACCAAUACAAAAAUGAAAAGUAAGGACAAGCAAUAUAAAUGCAAAGUGUGCUUCCAGUGGUUUCUGACUUUAGGCGAACUAGAUUUUCAUAAGCUAACUCAUAACCCUUCUCCUCCUCCAACCUGUUACAUGUGUGUUCAACGCAAGUUUAGUUCUCGUGAACAGUUAAGAGAUCACCUGAAAGAAAAGCAUGCAAAAAAUAAAGCAGGACUCUGGAUUUGUGGAAUGUGUUUAAAGGAAAUAUCUGAUGUAUGGAUGUAUAAUGAGCACUUAAGAGAGCAUGCUACUCAAUUUGCUAGGAAAGGCCAAGCACAGAAAUCUGUCAUGGGUAUUCCAGGCUGUUUUGGAGGUGACAGUAUGGUACGGACAUUCCUCAGUACCUUUAUAUACAGGACACCAAGUGCAUUAUCAAAGAUUUCAGAAGCAGAUGAUAAAGGUGUGUUGAAUAAAAGACAAGAUCAAAAAGAACACAAGGGUGAAGAGGAAGUGAUUGGUGAAAAAGAACCAGAGAAUAUUAUCAAUGUUGUUCCACCUGCCCCAAUUCAACAAGUAAAACUUUCAGUUAGUCCUUCAAUAGACAAUUCUCAAAAGAGUGAUGCAAUUUCCAAGAAUGCAGCUAUGCAUCCUCAUUGUAAAGAUCCCUCCAGAGAUUGUCACCACUGUGGAAAGCAGUUCCCUAAACCCUUUAAACUACAGAGGCACCUUGUUGUCCACAGUUUGCAAAAAAUGUAUCUUUGUCACAUAUGUCCAAAAUCUUACCAGGAAGCACAGGAGUUGAGAAGUCAUCUUAACAGUGAGCAUCAACUAGCAGAAAAGUCAGAAAUAAAGCAUACCACACUCUAUGCAUGUGAGCUUUGUGCCGAUGUUAUGCAUGUGAUAAAGAAGUCGUUCAUCUGUAGUACAUGCAAUUACACAUUUUCUAAAAAAGAACAGUAUGACAGACACAUGGAAAAACAUCUAAUUGGUGGAAGUAUGACUUUUAAAUUCAGAGGCGUGACCAGGCCAACAAUUUCUGGAAAGGAGCUCAAGCAUAAAAUAAAAGAGUCUCCUAUAUACAAUGACAUCCCCCCUCCAAAAAAGUCAAAGACUUCUACUUAUUCUCACACAUGUGCAGAUGUCGAAGCUAUUGACAAUACCGAUCUUUCUGAAUGUCCCAAACUUUCACCUGGAGUGAUUUUUGAUGAAAUGAUAGAUGAGAAUAACGAAAAAGAACAUGAAAGCACAGUAAAAAUGGAAGAGAUACCGAUGGAUGCUCCAGAGCUCCAAGCUGAAGGAAUGAAAGAGCAGCUUAAAGGCAUUACUGAAGAAUGUCCAGAGUCUCCUAAAAUUUGUGACCUAAAAAUAGGCAAGAAAGAACAUUAUGGUAUAACUAAUGACACAGUAGCCACUAUAGAAUCUUCUGUGUGUACAGAGGAAAAUUUUGCUCCUCACGAGCGUAAUACUGAAUACACUGACACUAAAGAUAAGCCUACAGAUGGUUAUCCAGGAGGUAAACUAGGUGAACCAACAGAAAUACAAACCUCUCAGACCAAAGUAGACAAUGGUCUCACUAAUCUGCUCACAGAAGAACCUGACAAUUUAUUUACUUCUGUUAAAACAGUACCACCAUCUAUUGACACUCAUGGAGAGCUCCAGUUGUUACUGCAUAAAGAUGUGGAGGUUGAUAAAGCAGAAACCAAUGAAAAUAAGACAAUUGUUUCACUUUCUCCAAGUAAAAAUUCACUAAUGACCGAAAAUGACACUGUAUUAAAAGGUUUGAAAAAGAAUAAGUCAUCCAUCCAUCCAACAGAAAAAAGUGGUACAGAAUAUCCCAGUGAAGAGUUACUUAAAAUCUUUACACCAAAAGUAAAGCAAGAUUGUUCUGUAUCAAGGGAUAUGAAGGAAACAAAUACAUCCCAAACAAAAAUAGCAAAAAAAGAUCUGACUGUGAAUUUCUCAAAAAAUAACACAGAUUUUAAGAUGCUGGACAAGUUGUCAGGAGCUCUGUGCCAAAAACUGCAGCAAAGGAAACGUAAGGAACAAAAACUUUCUGUCAAUAAAAGCAAUGCAGCAUCACAGGAGAAUCUAGCAGAAGUCAAAAAGAAAAAGAAUAAAACUGUAAUGACUGUAAAGACUGAAUCUUCUGUUAAUGUAAAAAAGUCAGAAUGGAUAAGUGGUUUUCUGGACGCAAAGGAUGAAACUCCAGGCACCCGGCCUCACCUGAAGCCACAUACUGGAGGAAUUGGUAGUCAAUUCAAAAAGCCUGUAUUGGACGCACACAACCAGAAGAAACUGAACGCGCAGUCUGUCAAUGGGGAGUACAGGAACAAAAGAACUACUGUUACUAAAAGUAAUCAUCAGUUCUCUCCAAAAAGCUCUGCCCUGUCUUCAAACAGCACUUCAUACAAACGCAAAAUGGGGCACAACACGAAACCCACUGAGCCAUCAAACUAUAGGACAGCUGAAUCACAGAAUAAUUUGCUAAGCCAACUCUUUGGACAGAAACUAACUAGCUUUAAAAUUCCUUUGAGAAGGGAUGUUACAGAAUGACAUUAGGUGAUUUCUGUCCUCAAAAAAAAAAAAAAAAACAUAUGACAUUUUUCUUAUUGAUGCAUUCCCUAAGCUUUGCCAAACUUGCACUGCCUCCAUUGUAAAAAAAAAAAAAAAAAGUACCUUUGUGCUGUAAUCUACUUUGAUGCGUUGGAUUCAUUAUGCUAAUGUUGGAACAUGCAUAUGAACUCUACAGAACCAGCGUUUUUAUUUCCUUGGACUAGCAUAACAGUCAAAAGUUGUCUUCUUCUGUUGUAUAUAGUUUCUUUUUUUGUUAAGGAUGAAGAGCUGGGGUUAAAAGAUCAAAAUAAUUUAACCUGUUCUCUUCAAUAAAAAAUAAUUUGCAUUGUACACAGAAUAUCUCUAGAAUUGUAUAUUAUUGUGUUAAUGCAUAUUCGAUUUAUAUAGAUUGAAAAAAAUGAAAGGUUUAAAAAAAGUAUAGGAUGAAAUUUAUCUUAAAAUUUAUUUUGUUGCCUGGUCAACUAGCCAUGAUGGCAGGUUCAAUUUAUUAAAUACACAUUACUUGCACGUAUGGCAAUAUCAAUGGUUUUGGAAAAUGCUAAGUAAUUCAUAAACAGAUAUUCUUUAGAAAUAAUGUCCAAACAUUGACAGAAAAUAUUAAACUAGAUCUGUCUGUUACAAGAUGGGGGAAUGUUGAUACUACAGGCAAUGUACCAGUUUGUAGUAGGCUGAAUCUCUUCAGUCAUCUUACAAAUGCCCUCUGUUACAUAUAGUUGACAGAUGUAUUCAUGUGUUCUUUGAAAAAUAGAGCAUUAUUUUGCAAGAAGAUGUACUAUACAAUACACUGUAUCAAUGUUUUCUAAGAAAAUCUUUCCUGGCUUUUAUGUAUGCUGCCUGAUAAGUUUCAUUAAUAACAAAAAAAAGGGCUAUAAGCAAAAUACAACUGAUACAACUAAAACAUAACAUAUGUUCAAUCAGCUGCCUUUACACUGACAAAGAAAUGACAAAACAUAGCAUAGUACCGUAUAUAACUUUUAUUUUAAAAGCCAUCAUCAAACUGCUAUGAGCUGGGAAACUUAGUACUUGUAAUUGCACUAGUGAGUCGCUUGUAACUCACAAUCACUGGAGGGAGCACAGUGGCUGCACCCUCUUACACAUGGUUGUUUUUAUCAUUGGGUAGAGUAACUUAUUUCUCUUUGUAAAAAGAAUCAAACAACAUUCACAUUCUCUGCCAACAGAGAAUGAACAUUCACAACUCUGCUCUGGGAACAAAUACACAUAUUGGGCCUCAUUUACUAAGAGUGUCUGGUUUUUUCUAGUGGGAAAUGUUGUUUCAGACUUGCAGGUUUCCACCCUAUUUACUAUGGGGAUCACAGAUUUACAAGUCGGGAAAAUAUUUUUACCAGCUUUUUCUAGGUGGAUAUUUCCAGCCAUUUAUUCACAGGAUUUUCUGUGAAUGCAAUAGUAAAUAGGUCGGGUUGUGAAACCACGCCCCUUUUGGACCAGCCAUGCCCCUUUGUGACUUACCACGCCCCCUUUUUGGUUUUUCCCAAUGUCGGGUUAGUUGGAUUUUCCUGUCUCACAGUGACAUGUCUCAGACACUGUGCACCAAAAUAACUUGGAAAAACGACAUGCUUUAUUACAUAGCCAACACCAUACUGUACGGAAAAGCUUUACCAAUACUGUUUGAACAUAUGCUUCCUAUGAAACACUCACGUAUCAGAAUAUACAAUUUCUGUGACCACUGAAAAAAAUAAAUUUUUAGUAUUUUGCUACCCUUUUACUAAAACAAUUAAAAUGUGCCUUCUCAGUCUCUGGUAACAAGCCUUAACAACCGCAAUGCUGCAGACACUUCAGAAGAACUUGGGGUGUCCUAUCUUUGAAGGACUUUAUAUUAAUAUUAUAUUCUUGACAAUCUUACUGUAACUCAUCCAGAAUCUAAUGCUUAAUGAUAUCCAUGGUGCUAUUUGUUCAUAGUUCAAUUAAUGUGAAAACAAACUGAAAUGUUCAUUGUCCAGUGCCGGAACAGUGUUAAAAUCACUCUCCCUCUAGCUUUUUUUAAGCCUAUAUGCAACUAUAUUUACUAUAUACAGAAAGACAUAAAAACUCAGGCACAAUGGACAGUUUCUCUGGUUCAGCUUAAAACCUCUAAGAGACCUUAGUAUCCUAAAGCACUGAUGUAGCUUGUGAGACCAGAGUAUUCUUCCAGCACAGAACCCUGAGAAAUGUACCAACAUGCAAGGCCUUAACUUGUUUAUAUGUAUCAUUAAAGAACAUUGUAUUUUAUAAAGUAUAUUCUAGUUAUUUGGUGCAAUGACUAAUACAAAAGAUUUUAUUUUGAUAUGUGUGUCCAAAAAAGAGCAGAAAGAGCAUAAUGCAUUUUUAUAUCAUUAUUUUGUAUGACUUAAAGUGCCUCUUUAUAUUGUUGUUAAAUAAAAUAUAA